AUGAUAGCUGAUGGUACCAACAUUAAUAAAUUAUGGAACACAUUAAGAAAAUGGAUACUAGAAGCAGCUCACUCCCACAUUAAACAAUACAAGAAAAAGAAAAGGAAGCGUUACAAACCAGCCAUUGAAAUCAAACUCAUCUUGCUCCUUCAAUUAAAUGAACUCAGAACUCAGCUCAACCUCCUUAGGAAACACUCCCCGAGAUUUAGUCACACUAGAACGGGAACAUUAUACAACAACAUUUCAGACCAUAUCCCCAUCAACCCUCUAGACGAUAACACCAACCUGCAACUGGCCAUAGAGGAAAUCGAUCAAUGGAUCAAACCCUUCUCGGUCAACCCAAAUGGAGUAUCGUCACUACAAGACUGGUCAUGGGAGAAGACACAGACAAACAAGUCAUCAUUGACCCUGAAUCCAUCAAGCAAGCUAUUAGAACACACUUUAAAGACUAGACCAAACACAGAAA